AUGAGUGCAAGUGCUACCGAAAGGGUGCAGAUAGUCGCUGAGCGACUGCUAGCGAUUGUUAGAGGCGAUCCUGUUGUAUCAGGACUUGCUGUUACUGUUGCGUUGUGCACUGCUUGGGUAAUACACGACUACAAACAAUGGAUAGCGUUGGGCACCGGCGGUACACCCUCUAACGUCUAUGGCUACUAUCGAAUGACUUUAUGUCGCAUCAUGUUUGCUUACCAUGUACCACUCCAAACCGAACCCAAGACACUGAGCAGUGAUGGGCCGUCAUUUCUCAAAUUCAUUCCAGCACGAGCCGGCGGCCGCCCAAGGCUCAUGCCACGUAUUCUUCCUCAACGACAGAGGCCAGAACCCAUCGAACCGCUAACUCAGAAAAAGCUCAUGUCGCUUAUGAGCCGUCUGGCAAGUGAACACCCAGACAUCCUCGAAAGCAGACCCUCUCAUACCGAGGGUAUGACUGCAGAUGGCUUAUACGCGCGCAAAAAAAAUAAAUCAGUAAACCCAAUCGUUGUCGCGGAUCGCACAUUAGAUUACGAGAUUGGCCACGCCCAUCCCGCCGACAAUAGUCUGCAUCUUUGGCUAAGUGAGGCAGAUGCAAGGAAAAUCAUUGAGGCGCGCUGGGGACAGAGGUUCUGUCUACCGCAUGUGCAGAAGGGGUGGACGAUGGUUUAUGCACCACGGAAUUUGGAGGAGUUGCAAUUAAUUGAGGAGUUUGUCAAGGCGAGUGUGAGAUGGGUUACUGGUGUUGCUAUCUGA